AUGGACACUCCGUCACACUUCUUUAGCGAUUCCUUGGCAUACGAGGAUUCCAACCCAUUUCAAGAGGAUGACCAUGAUGUCCCAUAUGAAGUUCCCCACGAGAUCCCCCACGACAUCUCUCACGAUAUUUCCCAAGAUGUUCCUCCUGAUGUAGGCAUGAGCGAAGCCGGGCUUCAGUCGUACCAUGUUUUCGAUCACAGGCUAUCCAUCGACCAAUCUCCAAUAUCGGGCGAUGGUCCAACGUUAGGGGAGCGGCCGGGGUUAUGGGAUGGCUUCGCAGAACCCAGCGCCAUGGAAACGAAUAAUAGCCUCUUUGUUGACCCGGGCCUAUACGGAGGAAGAGAUCAACAUGUCAACGGGUUAGAGGGGGUCCGUGACAGUAUCGACGCAAAUACAAGCUGUCUUUCAGAUGUCAUGUCACAGGGUUCCACCCGACGGUCCUCGAGCAACAAAACACACUCUCAUCGAUCGUCCAAGUCAGGUAGCACGUCCACGGAUAUAACGCCGCCAGAUCAAGACCCGCCGAAAAAGAGGAAACAGAGGAGCAAAAAGGACCCUAAUAUGGAAGAGGAUGACCACAAGAGGAACAAGUUCCUCGAACGGAAUCGACUAGCUGCGAGCAAAUGCCGAGAGAAGAAAAAGCUGUACACCCAGGAGUUAGAGGGAACCAAAAUCAACCUCGAAGCAAGAAACGUAAGCUUGCAAAGGGAAUACGGCAUCCUUCUCAGCGAGGUCAGCGAUCUGAAGCAUCAGUUGAUGGUACAUGCCAAGUGCAAUGAUCGCAAUAUCGACCUGUGGCUUGAAAACGAAGCUCGACGUUUUGUGCAGACCAGCGACGCCUUCGGUCAAACAUUUGCCAAUUUGGGACAAUCUGGACAGGCUGCGGGCGUCCCUGGGGUACCAGGAUCACCCAAAAGCCGACACGCAAGCAUCGCUCCAAAUUACCCAGCAAUGCCGGGGGUCCAGCUCGGUGUUCUUCGACCAGGCGCAGAAGGGCAAGGCGGCGGCGGCGGCGGCGGCGGCGGCGGAUUGACAUACGGUCAGUCACCGGGCAUACUUGCUCCUCCUACAAACACCACUCCUCCAACUCAUCAGCAACCAGGUUCAGGUUCGGGGCUAUACACACCUCCCUGUGGCGCCAACGGUGGCUACUCGAACAUCAACCCUCCAGGUAUGAAAAAGGAGCCGGACAUUAACUAUGACCACAUGCCCGAUGACAUGUUCAGCGACCAGUCGACUUUCGGCAGCGGAUGA